AUGCCGGGACCGAGACUCAGGGCACACUCACAGGCUAACCCAAUCUCGGCGACUCUCCUUUCCCCCCUGAACGCUCGCUCCACAAAUCAUCACUCGCUGCCCCGUUGCGCCCUCGUCACGCCUGUACGGCCGCCAGUUUUUGCCAAUAAUUGGCCCUCAUCAUUCACCAACGCGAUCAGGCGCUGCUCCCGUUGGUGCUGCAGCAAGAAGACCCAUCCCCGUCCAGGUCCCCAUCCUUCCGUUGGGCUUCUUGCCGCUGCAGGGUCGUUGCCGUCGUCGUUGUCAAGCAGAAAAAGCAGCCGCACCACCACCACCGCCGCCGCUACCACCCGAGAUACCACCUGCGGCAGCACAUUUUGCUCUUCCCUCCAAGGGCGAAGCGCUGUUGUUGGCCGCAUAACUCACGAUUGCAUUGAGACCACCUCCGCCGCCAGCAACACCAAUACCUCCUCCACCUGCACCGACCCUACCGCCUCUGCGAAAGCUAAUCCUGCCGUCCGAGCCACCAUCGUCGCUGUCGUUGCUGCUGUAGUCGCUGCUUCUUCUCUCGCCUGUCUUUUGCAUUUCUUUGUCCGAGGCUCCACUCUCCUAGCCGCAAACCUAAUCGUUUUGCUGCACGACUCCAACCUGCGCUGUCGCUUUCUCACCAGUCACAGUCCUUCGACGUCCCCUCCAUCUCUGUCGCCAGCGCAUUUCCAGAUUUCCCCGUCACUGCCGUCGCCGUCGCUCCCGUCGAGUAAAGAGGCCCUGGCGAUCUCCACGAGCGUGGCCCAGGCGUCGCUGCAAACUCCUCUUCGACCAGACCCGUACUCCACAGUUCCCCAUGCAUCCGCGAACACUCGCCUGCCCACGCUAUCGCAGCAGCCUGCCUACCCUGGCGCUUCGCCCGACCUUGACCGUUCAGUAGCCGCUGCCGGCCUGCCUCAGGGCCGCAGCCCAUCACUUCUUCGCGGUUACGACCCCAAAGACUAUUUCACGCAGUCUCCCUUUCGGAAUCGUGCAGCAUCCUCCGCCGCCCGUCGCCUACCUCACCUUUCAGCUGCUCGCCUCUGGAACCCAACAAACUCGACCCCGCGACUCCCCGAGAAGACCAUUCGCAAACGACGUCCAUCGACACCGCCUCCUCCCGCAGUUCCUCUAUCACAUCCGACCCUCGAUCCCUACUCCGUCGAUCCCUCUGAUCCCUUGGGCAUUGGCGCAGGCGAUUACCCGCUUUUGACUCUCCCCGAACAACGUCAGACUAGACAUUCCACGUCGAAUCGCGCAAGCCUUCAGCUCGACAGGAACGCCGAACACCGCAUCAGCCUUCCGCCCUCGGUUCGUCAUUCAUACGACGGAAGAAGAUCCGCCGACCCGUCGCCGACAUUUCAAGACCCCGACUCUGGCCUGUGUGACGAUAAAGGCGACGCGCCUGCAGAACCACCCGUCGAACCUCGAGUUACUGGCCUUCGAAAGCGAGGUCAAAGCGUGUCAAACCCUCUGGUCGUGGACUUCGCCUACGUCGACAAGGGCAAAGGAAAAGCAAUCAUGGAGCAGACUACCGAGGCACAGGUGCGGGGGACUUCUAAGGACUUGGAGCGUGGACCUGAUGUGCUCCCACGCAUUUCCAAUGUGUCGGCUGGCGAUGGAAUCGGCUCAGCCAUAUCCUCAUCAAACUCGUCUAUCAUGGGAGAGGAAUUGCCGCCAGAUCUCGGCGAGGAAUGGGGCCCCCAGCACCCGUGUUUCCCGCAUCUAAAUCCUCAUGUUCCGAUCGACUCUCCCGAGUAUCACAACACGCGUAUCAUUCGCAUUCGGCGGGACUGGUUGCUGGAAGGAGAUUUGGCACCGACGUUCUUAAAUCUAUACCCCGAAAUUCUCGACCCGGCUGGUUUGUCAGAGCAAGAAUUCCGCCGUAUCAUCGACAGGCUGAAUGGUGAGCUUGUGCCAAUAUUCAGCCCAUACAACUGGAGAAACAUAAUGGACAGUGUUCUGGGUUUGGUGACGGGGUGGUUGUGGGAUGACUUGGGCUUCACUGGUGUCAAGGCCCGGCUGAAGCGUCUGGAACGAUGGGUGGAUCAAUGGAAUAACGAGAUGGAGAAGACGGUGGGCAACGAAGACCCCUCAAUGGCGCCGCGCAUCAUUUCGUUGAGGCGGACGGGUUACAUGACUCUGGAUAUACAGAUUCCCGAUCCUGAAAUCGCCCCGGCCCCGAGCACACCAGCAGGGUCGGGGAACAUGCCCAUGGAGCCUCCGGCUGCCGUGACGGCAUGA